GCGCGCUUGACGAAAACGUCGACACAGUUGGUUGCUGAACGAAGGACAGAAACUGCAUGUCAAUGUUCCUGAUGAAUUUGGUUUUUCUAACUGACCAUUGGAACUUUUCUGACAGUCUGUGCGGUAAAAUUUGCACGAGAGUUGGAAUCCCCUGAUAUCGGAGACCCUGCCAUUGUCAUUUUUUGAUGUCGUCAGAGAUCCAUACACGGAUGGAUGGCUACUCCACUUAUCGAUUCUGGGAAAAAGCCACAUCCAUGUCUGGUGACACAACCCCUGAAACCGUGUUCCAUGCUGAUUAUUUAUUAUAGCCAGAUCCUCUUGUAGGUUUCCUAUAGUCGAGUCUCUUGCUUAAAUUCUCAUAGACAUCUGCUAAAGCCUGCUUUGAGAUCUCCUACAGUUGGGACCAUAAGCACAUGUCUAGGAUCAGCUUUUCCUCCCCCAAUUAUAAUCUCAAUCAUUAAUGAAGGAAAAAUUCACAAUUGACCUUAAAUCAGCUUCAAGGGACACUGUCAUCCUCCUACUGGGAGUGGUGUGUCUCAUUGAUGUCACAAUAUAGAAGACUACCUGGCCUGCAUUCAGAGCUCCCGCAGUCGCCAAUGGCUGCGUCUCCACUCCCGGAGCGUGACUCUGCGACCCUUCUGAAGCUGCAGGAAGUGGAUCCCAGCCGUGUUGGCCGCAGUGGCCGCAUCCUCUCGCCCAUCUUCAGCGCCCCGUCCCCGGCACUGCCCAUGGAGGCCCACCCCAUCUGCAUCCCCUCGCCAUACACUGACAUCGGGCACGACUUCAACCCCUUGUCCUUCUACAGCCCCACUCUGCUGAGCUAUGCUGGGCCCACGCUCUCUGACUGCCCAUCCACCCACCAGUCCCUCAGUCCCUCCCUCUUCUGGCCCCCCCAAGCUCACAUGGGGCCUCCAUUGUCUCUGCACCAUCGGCCCCAAUCUCGCCCACAGCAAGGCCAGCCAACCCGAGUGUCAUGGGCGGAGCCCCACGCCCUAUCUGAGAGCAGCAAGCCUCUGAGGAAGCGCUCGCAGGAGGGUGAGGAGACGGUCAUCUCGCUGGAAGGGAAGGCUGAACUGCACUUCUGUGCCGUGUGUCACGACUACGCGUCAGGCUACCACUACGGGGUGUGGUCCUGCGAGGGCUGCAAGGCUUUCUUCAAGAGGAGCAUCCAAGGUCACAAUGACUACAUCUGCCCGGCGACCAACCAGUGCACUAUCGAUAAGAACCGCCGCAAGAGCUGCCAGGCGUGCCGCCUCCGCAAGUGCUACGAAGUGGGCAUGACAAAGUGUGGCAUGCGUCGCGACCGCAGCAGCUACCGGGGUCAUCAACCGAGGCGCGUGGGUCGCUUCUUCACCCGGGGCACUGCUAGCGGGCCCAAGCGGGUCCUAGCUGAGGGGGGCGAGCCAAUCAAGGAACUCUGCCCCACAGCAUUAACCCCGGAGCAGCUGAUUGGCCGGAUCAUGGAGGCAGAGCCACCGGAGAUCUUCCUCCAGAAGGACAUGAGGAGGCCCCUAACGGAGGCCAACGUCAUGAUGUCACUCACCAACCUGGCCGACAAGGAGCUGGUCCACAUGAUCAGCUGGGCCAAGAAGAUCCCAGGAUUUGUGGACCUGUGCCUGUUCGACCAGGUGCACCUGUUGGAGUGCUGCUGGUUGGAGGUGCUGAUGCUAGGGCUCAUGUGGAGGUCUGUGGACCACCCUGGUAGGCUCAUUUUUUCCCCUGACCUCAGCCUGAACAGGGAAGAGGGGAGCUGUGUGCAGGGUUUCGUGGAUAUCUUUGACAUGCUGCUAGCUGCCACCUCCAGGUUCAGAGAGCUCAAGCUGCAGAGGGAGGAGUACGUCUGCCUCAAGGCCAUGAUCCUCCUCAACUCCAACAUGUGCCUGAGCUCCUCGGAGGGGAGCGAAGAGCUGCAGAGUCGCUCGAAGCUCCUGCGCUUGCUGGAUGCCGUAACAGACGCACUGGUGUGGGCCAUCGCAAAGACAGGCCUCAGCUUUCAGCAGCAGUCUGCGCGCCUCGCCCACCUGCUGAUGCUGCUGUCACAUAUCCGCCACGUCAGUAACAAGGGCAUGGACCACCUGCACUGCAUGAAGAUGAAGAACGUGGUGCCUCUGUACGACCUGCUGCUGGAGAUGCUGGAUGCCCACAUCAUGCACAGCCCACGGCUGCCCCACCAAGCCUACUCAGGUGGCCCCUGUCCAGAGGUGAGCCCCCCGCAGCCCACCACCUCAGCGGCUGCCCCAGCCAGACAUGGACCCCCAGCAGCAGAAGCGAGCCUCAACAGCAGGAGCAAUUGGACUGCAGGGACCCCGGUAGAAAGACAGUGGUGAAAAGGGAUCUCUAGCAGCAAAAAGGACAAUGGAGAGAUUGUGACUGGGACUCUUGUGGACGGCUACUUCUUGGAACGGCUUUUAACACCACUCUGAAACAGAGGAACUGGAACGAGUAUAAGGGUUUUUCAGAUCGUGCCUGGGAGGGGCUGCAUCCCAAUGCUGUCCAAUGAAAUCUCCUUUCAGGCAUUAGCACUGUUCUUGACUGUUUUCUCGGAGGUCGCAAACAUAAAAAAUAUAACAAUAUUUAAUGUCCCUGCUAAAGCUGUCUUUUGGUUUAUGAUCAGGUUUGAAUGUAGCCUAGCUGGGGCAACCCACGUGACCACACAGCGAGGGAAAGUUGUGACUGACUGGUCUGGAAAGGAGGCAGUUUGUUAAUGCAACAUUUGCUCAGAAAUUGAGCGGACUCAUCGAUUUAUUUUUAUGAAAUGUUUUUUUCCCCGCAGGGGCUUGAGACAUCUCAUUGUUUGGAUUUGAAAAUCCAACAGUUGUAAUGGAAGGGAGUGGCGCUCGUGUGUUUUGAGUGAGAACCAACCAGCAAAAGCACAGCCCUUCAUUAUCAACGCAUCGUGCUGACAACAUCAAGUUAGGAGACUUCAAGUUCGGUAUCAGCCAGACUAGUUUGAAAGUAGAAUCUAUGAGAAAGUCUGAAAUUAAACAUCAGUGGAUGAGUGGCAAUGAAGGAAAGGAGAUGAGAGGAAGGCAGUUAGGAGUAGCCUACUGGGACACAGAAAAGCCCAAGAAAAGGCACUUUCAACAGUCAUCAUGGACUCUCCCCUCUUCUUUUGUACUGUCUGAGGGCGACAGGUAGCCUAGCCGUUACAGCGUUGGGCCAAUAACCUGAGCCGACAACGUGCAAAAUCUGUCGAUGUGCCCUUAAUCCUAAUUUGCUCCAGGGGUGCCAUACUACCAUGGCUGACCCUGUAAAACAACCCAUAUUCGCUGCACCUAUCUGGUGUGUGACGUGUUGUUUAUUUUUUUACUGUCAAUGGGAUAAUCUGUAUAAAUAAAGCAUCAAUAUAAAUAAAUAUAACUUUGAGUGACAAUCAAAAGAUAGAUGGCCAUUUGCACUGGUUCAAAUUGUUUAACUGUCAUGGAAGAAAGAAAAACACAUUUUAAAACUAUAUACUUCACCUCAAGAUCUUAUUCCUUUGCUUUACCCUUAGGUUUUUGUUACACCAUCUGUAUAGCUUCAAACUUUGCAUACAGUAUGCAAAUUAGGCCGAAUAAACAAAUAUAUUUCCAGCUGAAAAGGUGGAGGUGAAGGGUCACGCUACUGUCAUUCCACUCUCGAACACAUUCCCUGAAAGAUGGACUCCACAAUAAUAAUAUCAUCAUACACAGUGGGACAAAGUCCUGUUUGAAUCAACAAUAAAAUCUAAAUGACACUAUUUUGUCUCCUCAAAUAAAGAUGCAAAUUAAGACGGAAGAUUUUUUAAUUCCUUCGCAAAAAGUGCCUAUGGGUCCAAUCCCAUCUUCAGUAAUGGGAGUGUGACUCAAACAUUCAUACAAAUUAAUUUGGGACUUACUUGAAUGUCAGUUUUACCUCCGCAUGUCUCUAGCUAAAAUUCAGCCCUUCAUACGUGGGCAAUGUGAUCGAAUUCUGACCACAAUGUUGUUUCUGUGUUUAUUCCUCCUGGGAAGACAGCAUUGGUGAAAUGAAGAGAUACAAUAAUUGUAAUAUUGUAAUAAGACUCACGCCUUUCAAAGAGCACAGUGCAACGCUGUUAUGUUUACCCGAAGUAGAAAAUACAUUUAUUUGUGUGUUUUGUUUUAGACCUGUUGUACUUUGUGUAGUUGCUACUGGCGACCACGAAAGUGUUUAGAUUGUGCCUUCUCCAUAGCGACCAGCUUGUCUUAAACGCACACAUCAGCUGUCCUGACUGUUUAUUAUAUCUGUUAUGUCUUUGUGAUAACAGUUAUGUAGCGGCGAUUAUGACUGGUUCAAGUAAGGUGUUGCCUAUAACAUAACCCACCUGCUAACUGGGCCUUUCCAUCCAUUCAUCAGCUUUGUGUUGUCCUCACACCUGACAAUAUUUAGGCCAGGAUUCAACCCGAGUCAUGUUAGCUCUGUCGACAAUGCAGCUUUUAAAGGCAAUAUUCCUAAAUUUAUGGUCACGGUAAACACUCUACAACAUGCAUUGGAUUGAAUCCAGGCCUUAGAAUGCCAAUGAUACAUUCAACUAAUGUGAGGUCCUAAAAUACACACAGUAGGAUCACAAUCAAAACAACUGAAUAUUAGGAAUGUGUUCCUAAUGUUUGGUAUACUCAGUGUAUAUAGAGCCUGUCUGCAUUCCUGAUUUCUGUUACCGUUAGUUUAUCUGUGUAAUAUUGACUUAAACUCAGAACCACUUGUUUUGCAAACAUGGUCCUGUUUUAUAUAUUGCUGUGCUGAUCGAUGGACAGUUCAUUACCUCUGUCAAAUGAAUAUGUAGCUUAAAAUUGUGUUUAUUUCAUUUUGCAAUAAAGAUGGUGACGCUACAAUAAUGCACAUUUAAAUUAGGCCUAUAUCCAAAAACGCAUAUGGCCUAAUGAUGUAUUUUUGGCUUCAGACCAACGCCUAGUUCUCAGUUUUUUUGGGGGAAUUAAAGCCUUUUCAAAGCCUUAAUAAUCAACUAUGUCGCAGUCUGCUUUUGCCAAGCUUGUAGUAAUAGAAAAGCAGAGUGCUAGCUUUAUUUCCUGUGCUAAUUUAGCCAAUUUCCUUUCAGUAGCACUUAUAUUACCUACCUAGGCUAUAUUUACUCUGGUCAAGGAAGCAUAUUAUUUACUUUUGAUGACCAGACAGCCAUAGCUGAAUCCCACACUUAAUUUGUAAUCUCUCAUUUUGGGGGGAUUUCUAGCAUCAAUAACAAAGUACAGUAUAGGACCUCAGGAGAUGUGAACUCUUCGGGAAUGGAGGUUGUUCAGAAUGCUGACGUAUUCUUUACUUUGAAAUGAAUUUAACGCAUCAAACCUUUGUAGACAAUAUGAAUCACUUAUUAACAUGUAUUUUCUAACCAUUUAGUAAAAAAAAACAUUUACGUUUCUGUAAUCUACAGACUCAAGCGCAUGAGCAACAUUUACGUUUUCUUUGCAAUUAAUAAUACAUUUCCCGAUUCCAUAUUUCCCGUUUGAUCGGUCAGUCCGUAACUCGAGGUUCUACUCUUUAACAUGAGAUCUAAAAUAGUAUGCGGAUGCUAAUUGCUAUCUCUGGGUCCAUUUAGUCUGUCAUUUAGAAAAAUGGUUAACUAAGGCCUAGAUUCAAUCAGUUCUGAGUUAACCUGUGAUAACCGACAACUGCAUUGCAUAUAAUUUAUUUUGUUUGGGCGGUGUCAUUUCUACAUAGCCUACACUUUCUCAUUCUGAAUUUCUAACACGGGUGGGAUUUAAGGAUGGGUUUGGUUUCAUGACAAUGACCACAAGAGUGGGUGCUCGCUGAUUUGACAGCUCCAACGCAGUUACCCCAGACCUCGUCCAAACAAAAGCAAUAUGCUAUACAGUUGUUGUUUAUCGUGGGUUAAUGCAGAUCUGAUCUGAGUCUAGGCCAUAGCUCACAUCAGCUGUUUAAUAUUAUAAGACAAACACCAUUGAUCUUUGUCAACACCAACAGUAGACUCCUCUCAAAGCAAGAAAUGUUUUUGAGUAAACUCUUUUUAAUUCAACUAGUCAGCUGUGCAGCUGUCCUUUCACUUUCCCGAUGACUGAGCCAUUUGUAGCCCAGCUGUGCAUUCUGCUUUGAACAAUCUCUGAGAAUGCUGUACACUGCCAGCAGGAUAAGGAUACACAUGCUUUUUCAACUGUAACGUGAGUGCUUUAAAUGUCAACGUUUCCCAAUGUGAAUUUUUAUGUGGAUUUUCUCCCACUGUCGCACAGGAGUAUGUUUCUUUGAAGAAUAAAAAUUAAAUUAUGAA